AUGCCCCACUCCCUGCCGCUAGCCGUUGUUGUACCCUAUGCUACCGAGCAGAGAUGUUGCGUUACUAACUAGCUUCAGACUGGGAUUUUAGCCAUGAAAAAGAUGCUUCUUCACAGGAUUAAAACAAUAAAAGAAAUAGCAAAAAGUCGGGAAAAACUUUGCCGAACUAUAUCCAAACUUUAAUAGACCGAAUCCCAAAUAACUUCCCUUCAGUUUCGAGUGUGUUAGCAUUGUUUUAUCUCCCCACUAUUGCCAGCAUUGGACGCGUUUUAUUUUUCUUCUGGAGGAGUCCAGUCUGAUGAAUUCACCGAAAAGAGACGGAGAUGAUGAUGUGCCCGUUAAAGACCCGGUGAAAUACGGCGAGCUGGUCAUUUUGGGUUACAAUGGCUCUCUUCCAACCGGAGACCGUGGGCGCAGGAAGAGCCGUUUUGCUCUUUACCGACGAGCCAAAGCCAACGGCGUCAAACCUAGCGCUGUGCACAUCCUCAACACCCCACAGGACAGCAAGGCUGUCCACAGCAGGGGGCAGCACAGCAUCUCUUUCACUCUGUCCCGAAACCAGACAGUGGUGGUGGAGUACUGCCAUGACAACAACACAGACAUGUUCCAGAUUGGACGCUCCACAGAAAGUCCCAUUGACUUUGUGGUGACAGACACCUCUGGAGGGGGAAAGGAGGGCGAGGACCCCUCGAUCGCUCCCAGCACCAUCUCACGUUUUGCCUGCAGAAUCGUGUGUGAGCGCAACCCACCUUACACAGCUCGCAUCUACGCUGCUGGCUUUGACUCAUCCAAAAAUAUCUUCUUAGGGGAAAAAGCAACCAAAUGGAAAAACCCUGAUGGACAUAUGGAUGGCCUGACGACCAACGGAGUGCUUGUGAUGCACCCAGAGGGGUUCCCAGAGGACCCCAAGCAGGGUCUGUGGAGGGAGAUCUCUGUGUGUGGAGAUGUCUACGCCCUGCGAGAGACUCGUUCUGGACCCAGCCGGGGCAAACUGGCAGAGGGUGAGAGCAGCGUAUUACGUGAUGGCUCCCUCGUCGACCUGUGUGGUGCCACCCUGCUGUGGCGCACAGGUGAGGGAUUGUUGCGUGCUCCCACCCUGCGUCACCUGGAAGCACUACGCCAGGAGCUGAAUGCAUCCCGACCUCAGUGUCCUGUAGGCCUCAGCACACUGGCAUUCCCCAGCCUGCCACGCAGCCACAGCCUUGAGGAGCGUCAGCCCUGGGUCUACCUCGCUUGCGGCCAUGUCCACGGACGACACGAUUGGGGCCAAAGAUCUGAAGGACAGGAGAUGCCAGGAGAGGGUGAGGGAUCCACAACACGCAGAGAAUGUCCCCUGUGCAGAAGCGUGGGUCCAUAUGUGCCACUGUGGCUGGGCUGUGAGCCUGCGGUGUAUGUGGACGCCGGAGCCCCAACACAUGGUUUUGUGCCGUGCGGCCACGUCUCCUCAGAGAGGACAGCCAGGUACUGGGCCGAGACCCCUCUUCCCCACGGGACGCACGCCUUCAGACCUAUCUGCCCCUUCUGCUCCACUGCCCUCAGCACCCCUGGCUGGACGCGGCUCAUCUUCCAGGGCCCGAUCGACUAGUUGCAACUCCUCAGCAAUCACUCUCACUCUCACAGUAACAGAAACAGAACAAUGCCCGAGCUUUGUUCAUGAUGAAAUGUUGAUCAGUAUGGAUAGGUUAUUAAUUCGGAGUCACAAAAGCAUGUGUGUUCUACACCGGGGUCACACAUUCUGUGUGUAACAAACACUAUUCAAUAUUGUUCCUGAAUGCAGCUCAGGGCAGAAAAGUCCCUCCCCUCGAUUAUCCGUACAUGCUUGAUGAUUGGUGUAAGAUCUUGAAGAAUUGACAAGAAAAGGUGAAUUCAAUUUUCUCUGAACUUUCUCUGAACCAGUCAGCUAUCAUGGAAAAGUUUGCUGUUUUUCAUGCCAACCAAAACAACACAAGCAGAUUUCACUCAUGACCAACCCUCACCAAAAGAUAGCUCCCGUAAAUGUACAUGUGUAUACACACAGGAGCUGAACUAAUGCUGCUCGCCCCUUUUCAAAUAAUUAUUUUAACUUUGUAAUAAAAACACCACACUCGCCACUGAUAUAUUCAUCAUCAUUGAAGAAAAAUGAUCCUAAUAAUGUCUGUUUCAGAAGCCAUGUAUAAAAUAACAAGUAUCUUUUUGCACAUAAGAAAAGAAUGGCCUUUUCCUUAGCUGGUCUGCAGCAUCUGUCUGCCCUUUACUCAGUGAUACACCACCGCUUGCACUACUUGGCCUGAUAUCCAACCACCUCCUUAAUUUUAAAACAUGUUACUGUAAUUACUGCUAAAUGCUGCAACUCAUUAAUAUUUUCCCUUUAAUCGCCUUCAUCUUUGACUCACACUCUUUUUAUAGAUUGCACACGUCCCCAUUUUCCCUCUUGAAUGAACGGCCAAUUUGUACUCAGCUUUAUUCUCAGUGGACUUUGUAAAGUACUUAGGGUAAAUGUGUGAGGUUAAAAGGUAACAUAAAGAGGCGUCUUUGUAGCAUGUCGCGGGAUUCACGCAGGAAAUAUCAUCCCAGUCAUCCACAGUUUUUAUCAUCCUCAUGUAUCCUUAUAGUAUGAAAUCUAUGCAGAGAGACCCCAUACACGAGAUCUCUUGUGUAGCAAAAGGUUGGAAUGAAAGCCUGCAGACUGUUUGAUUAUCUCCACAUCUCUGGAGGGAACACUCUACACUGUCAGAUCACAACACAAAGACAUCACCUGUUGAGCCUAGAUCUUAUCCUGAUCAUCAAGCAGAGCGAGGAUAAGCCAGGGUGAGGAAUGAAACUGGGUAUAAAUCCACUAUAUAACUCUCUACAGCAAUAAGAGCACUCUCAUAGAUAAGCUAGAUGUUGUGCUAUGUUUAGCCAAGAGUUUAAGUCGGCGGAUACUUCAAACAUGGCUGAAUGGUUUUCGGGUUAAGGGCUUAACCAGAGGUGUGUUCAAUAUUACCGUUUGUGAUUGAAGAGUGUGUGAUUAAACCAAAGUACUAGAAUAUUAAGAUGAGCAAUUAAAACCAUGAUGUUUAUUUAAAUACUCAUUUCAGAUGCAUUAGUGAGAAACAUGUGCUAACAGAAACUAGCACAGUGUGAAUUUGAACACACUUCUGGUUAGUGAAUUAUGUGAAACAGGGUCCAUGUCAUUAAGAUGGAGUGUCAUAAAGGUUUGAACUUGUGUAACCUCAAAAGAUAACUUUUUUUUUUGUUGUUUUAAAGAGACGUAUUUUGUUAGGAAAUGGGGAGGGAUUUAUUUGGGGGAAGGGGGACAAAUUCUUUUAGGUGUUCAGUGUUUAAAAAAAAAACUAUUUUUCUAACUGAUAAUUGGUUCUAGUUAACUGUUGUUACUCAGUGUAAGCAACUUCUGUAUGUUUCUGAAUAUUCUCGUGUGGUAGGUGUAGGAGAGCUUGUGAGUGCGAAAACAUUGCCAACACUGUGUCCAACAAACACACACUCAACACACUGCUACCGUAAAACAUUGCCCAGACAAUGAAUGUAGCCAAAUACUCAGGCUAUAUUUAGCCUUCCCUGGUGCUCAUAUUGAAUGGUCUAUAUUGUGAUACUAUUUUUGUAACUGAAUAUUAUGGUGUAGCUUGGUGAUCUAGCUCGAAAAGAAAAAAAAAUCGGAAAAUUCCAAUAAUAGCCUCAAGUAUGGAAGACGUAUAACUGAUAAUACACGCUCACAUGGAAAUUGUGUCUAGCUUGCAUGUGCUGAACGUACACAUACAGUAUGUACACUACAUGGACACUUACUCGAAAACUUUGCACGGUUGAACGCCAACCUGGUAUUCAUGCUGAAAGCGUUUGUCGCAGACCAAGAUGUCUUCCGAGUCCUCUGUUUUUCAAAGUGCAGCAUUUCAGUUUGGUUUGGUUAUGUUUCUUUUUGUCCGGGAGACCUGUAAAAAAGAAAAAAAAAAUUGAGCAAGCAAGCCUAAAAAAAAUCCUCAUACUUGAUGGAUGUGUGACGUUUGUGAAUGAAACCUAUUGAAUCCCACUUUGUACUACUAUGCUAAUAUUUUUCACCAAAUUCACUGCAGAAAGAUGUCCACACUUGUCUUCAGUUUGUAUUUAGGCCGGUAAUGGAUUAUUUCACACUCACAAGAAGUCAGCCCCUCUGUCCCCCAAAAUGCAUUUUUGUGUCCAUUCAAAGUCUAAAUACAAGCUGGAAACUCCCUGCAGUGCGGUGGAUAAUGGAUGCAGUGUUGAUAAUUACUGUAGCUCAGGAUUAGGGAUUUCAGAUUCACAGCUGGUGAGGCCUGAAAACGCCUAGUGGAGGACAGUCUCACUCUAAAGGUCUGUCUAAUGCAGAACAAGACGUUAGAUGUGAGGGAACAAUCUAAAGCGAAGGCAGGGAUAGAAGUCCAGGAUCAGUCUCACAAAGGAGGUCAAACAGUGAGUCAGACAGGCUGUGAAAACAUCUCGAUCAGCUGCCCUUUAGUGAGCACGCCAAAUCCAACGAAUCCUGCUUUUGAGAUGAUAUAUAUAUAACGACUAAAGUAACACCAUUGGCAUGUGAAUGGAAGAAAUGUUGCAGCACCCUCAUUGGCUUCUAGUUGGAGACCUUUCAUAUUUAUUUUUUGUAGCUUACUUUCUUUUCUUCUCUUUUGUUUAACCCACAUUUUAACCCUCUUUGGGAUUUAGGUGUCCAUAUGCAAUAUCCUCUCUUUGUUUUUUUUAGAUCUUAGUAUUUUCAGAUACAGUAUUUUAGCGUGGCAUCAAGCUGUUUAAUACCACCAGUUAACAUCAGUAGCUCUUCCUUAAUUUUUUUUUUAAUGUUUGUAUCAAUUGACCUGCAUUCCAGAUCGCAAAACCUCAACUUAUGAACUCAUCUUAUUCCAGGUGAGUGAGUAGCUGACACUUAUUAUACAGCAUAAAAACCUCACAGUUAUUAAUGCAUUCCUUAACAUACAUCUGUGUUAUGUACAGCUGUUUUGUAUUAUUUUAUAUCAUACUCUCCUGUAAUCGUCCGGUGCACAGACAAUCGCUAUACACAUGUCAAUAAACCUGUUCAAAAAGUAA